AUGGUGACAAAUGUUGCAACAACAAAUCAACAACAACAACUUCAAGUUUUGUCAAAUAAACAACAAACAAAUGAUGACCAAAAUUCCCAACAAACAUUCAAAACACCAACAACACCAACAAACGAAAACAUUCUUUUUUCUGAUGCAUUGCAACAACAACAUUUACAACAAAUGUUUUCUCAAUUACAACAACAAUUUUUGUCCAAUUUCCAAGAAACAAAUGUUUCAUCAAUUGUAGAGAGUGGAUCCCAACAACAACAACAACAACAAACAUCAUUUUUCUCUCCAGAAAAUGCUUCUGCUGGACAAACGCUUGCUUUGUUUGCAGCAGCGGUUAAUGGUCAAAAUGAAUCCCUACUUAAACAGCAACAAGUUUCUUCAAUUUAUUCAAUGUUUCCAACAACAACAACAAGUAGUGAAUUUUUAAAUUCAUUUUCACAACAAGAUUUGACCAACAUGUUAUUAAUGCCUGGAUUAUUUGCUAAUUCAAAUGCUUCCCAAUUUUUACAAAAACAAUUUGAAGAACAAAUUGCUAAUAAUAAUACAAAUUUGGCUGAAAAUUCGUCUUUAGUUUCUUCAUCUCCUCAAAUGAGUGAUGUUAGUGGUGAUAAAGUGUACAAAACAGAGUCUAAUGAGGCUGAAGAAAAUGAUUGUUUUUCGCCUCCACCAAAACGUAAUAAAAAUAUGAGAGGUUCAACAGAACGUCAAAAUAACCAACAACAAACAAGAAAAUCAUCAGAAAAUUCUUCUUUAAAUGAUCAUCAACAAAAUAAUUUUGGUGGAAAUAAUAAUUCUAGAUCAAUUUUGGAUUGGGAACACCAACAACAAAAUUCUUCUCCUCCUUUGACUGAUGCUUGUGGAGGUGGUGGUGGUGUUGGAGGUGGAGGAGGAAAUGGAAAACGUAAACAACGAAGAUAUCGAACAACUUUUAAUUCUAGCCAAUUAGAUGAAAUGGUAAAAAAAUUAAUUUAA